ACGGCUUUAGGACACUUACACCUAAAAGGAGUGCAACACCCUCCUCUACAACCUUGUGUCCUCUCUUACACCACCUCUGCCUGACUUGUCAUCCUCAACCUGAAGCCUCGCCGCCUCGUUCGAGGUGAGUUCUCCGCUUACGUCAUCCCUUCCAUCCCUCAUCACAUCUAUACCUUGUUCACAACCUUCCUCCAUCAUAAGUCGCAAACAUGUCGAAAAACGAAAUACAACAAAAUGGCUGGACCUCCGUCCCUCUCGAUCCAAGCAUACUCUUUGGUGGUGAACCCUUCAAGAACCGACCAGGGCCACUCCUCGUCGCCGACAUCAAGUUCCCCAAUGACGAUCCCAUUGUUGUCAAAGUCCAGAGCUAUGCCCAAGAACGGCUACCUAUUCAAACCUUCAAUCAUAGCAUGAGAGUCUUUUACUUCGCAAGCGCGAUUGUUCGACAACAAUUUCCCGAGCACGCAGAGAACUUCUCGCCUUCCACCCUUGCUCUAGUUUCUCUCCUGCACGACAUUGGCACUGCUGAAGAAAAUUUGGCUGCUACACACAUGUCAUUUGAGUUUUACGGAGCCUUCAAAGCCCUCAACCUCCUUCUGGAACUAGGAGCCUCCAAGGACCAGGCCGAAGCUGUCGCUGAGACCAUCAUCCGCCACCAGGAUCUCGGGACAGUCGGAAACAUUACGUUUCUCGGACAAGUCAUCCAGCUCGCCACCAUUUAUGAUAACGCGAGCAACCAUCCAUACGUGGAGAAAAUCACCGACAUCAUUCACACCGACACUCUGGUGGAUGUCACAAAGGUUUAUCCUCGUCUGCAGUGGCUCGGAUGCUUUGCGGAUACCAUUGAUCGCGAAGAGACGCUCAAGCCGUGGUGUCAUAGCACUCACAUUCCCGACUUUUCGCAGGUUAUUCGCAACAACACCUUUAUGCAGCCAUAUGAUGCUUAAAGUCGUAUCAUCUUUGCUGUAUCAAUGUUGCAAUCCUGCCAUCAGGGUAUGCCAAUAACAGUCAAGAGACGGAGAGUGUGAAACGCAGUUUAUUUACUAGGUGGCCAUCAGGACAUAUAUCAAUCACACCAAUUUCCCAACGUAUGCUGCUGUUUAUCUUCGAAAAAUUCAGGUGCUCUAAACCAUAGGUUACUUUAUCUCGUGUAAAGACAAAGGCGGUAUUUGCUCAAGAAUAACAAUUCAUUUAAAUACCACAUAUAUUGCAGUCUUACGCUGUGAGGCUACGGUCUCUAGAAUCAUAUCCCAGAAUCGUUGGC